GGUACACCGAGUAACUGAUACCUAUUGUUCGCUGCCAGAAUCACAGCCGGGACAAGUAUGUUUGGUCUAAGAUGAAGUUUGAGUUAAUCUUUAUCAUUGGGCUUUUGAUUCAUUUCACGUCCAUUUUGUUGGUUUGUUUACGCCCACCUCUUUUUUCGGUUACAUUCCUACGCAGCGUCCGUUACGAUGCGAGUCGUCGAUCUGUUCCGUUCCUCGGAUGCUAUUUCCCUCGACUAUCAAGACGACACUCUAGUCAACCGAUUAUGUAGCUGCAUUCUUUGUCCCGAUAGAUUUCACCCACCAUUCUCUGACUGGAACACAGAAGAGUUAGAACAUGUCAUUAUCAACUGUUUGCAGAAUAAUAGGUUUUGUCUUUCCGCCUCUGAUGAACGUUGUAUGCAACUACUGAAACUUUCGCUGGUUAUUUUCUUUAAAUUUCACACACAUUUACCAGCUAUCAUCACAGUAGAAGCUCGCCGAUUCUUCUUGUGUUUACAUAACCUACCCCAGAGUUACGUUUCUACUGCUUUGAAUGCAAUACAUGACCAUAUCAAACAUUCAUGCGCUCUCACUGAUCUCGCGAUUUUGGACACAAUCCUGGACCAGAACAUCCUGCACUUUUUUCACUGUUUGCUGCUUCAACGGAAAAACAUACAUCACUCGAAGAUACUUUUCAGCUUAUUUGCACAUCUCACAGUGUACAGAUGGGAACGAAAUCCUGAUACAUGUGAAGAAAUUUUUCUAUUGUUCGCCUCUGAGUUUGCAAGUUUGACUGCCACGUCUCUGUCCUAUUUAUUGGCCCUCAACGAGACCUCUAAAGCUUUUGACUGCAAUGUGGCACCUAUCUCUAUUCGUUCUCCAUUCCCUCUAACAAUCGAUGACAUAAAUUGUUCCCCUAGGUCCUAUCUUGCUGGGAUUUUGCACAUGUUUUGUGCGCACAAACUCACUUAUUCGGACCUAGGGUCCGAUGAUGUUCUUUCACUGUUCAGUAACUAUCAGGCACUCCCCGAGCUCUGUGCCAAGGUGAUUGGUGCCCAUUUGCGAUUGAACAGUGCAGUAUCGGGCGUAGUUUGGAGUAACGUUUUAUCUGUUUGGUCCUCAGCAGUGUUGGACCAGUUAGUCACUAAGUCGAAGUCCAAACUGUGUGCUUUGAUAGACCCUUUGAUUCACGCUCAAAAGACUAAAUUUCCAUCAAGCAACACAUGUGUCAAGGUUGAGCCAGCGCUGUUGUCACAGGCUUUUUCGGAAUUAUUUCCUCCAUGGGACGUACAUGCAACUGACAUCGACCCUGAGUACAGAGAGAAGAUAUUUCUACUCCUGAAUGUACUUAUGAAUUGUCAUGUGCCGACCGAGAUCCCUCUUCUCGAAUGGCUGGAACAUGUUAAGGCUUGCAUCGAACCUGGGUUACGUCAGCACGACAAAAGUAGAAACUUGUACGAGUCAAAGGGUUUGCUGGAUCUUUGCAAUACUAUAUGUCGAUCGCUGUGCUUGAAGGGUGAGAAACAAGCUGUUAUUGAUUUUCUGCACCACUUGACUUCGAGUCUGGAUACCUGUGACGUUUUUACAGUCUUCGUUGGUCGCGCAUUUCUAGCAGUUGCAAUUAUAAGAGAGAAUUUUUUUCCUGUUUGGGGAAGCGGAGCCGAAAUAGUUAUUUUCUCUAUUCUACGCGCCUUGCUUGUCUUACAUGCCGCGUGCGAUUCAAAUGGAUACCCGAAUCUGGAAUGGGAUCGAGACAGUAUCUUUGCCUCCUGCUCUAAGCUUCUUCUCGAGGGCUUUACUGUUUCAGUCUUCUGGUCGCCAAACUCUAUCGCAAUAUUUUCGGAAAUUACAAGACAUAUGUUCUCUUCGUCUUCCUCCCUACUAAUCAACCCCGAAACUCGUGGUACUAUCCUUUGUAUGUUACUAUCCCUUAUUGCAACCCGUUUUGAGGAUUCGAGCCAAUUAAGUGCUGAAAUCUGUCAACACAUCCCACUGGACUGCAUGGUUAUUUAUUGCGAGAAUCUUUUGGAUUACGGGCUAACCGACUUCGAUGAAGCUGGUCUCGUUAUUCGUGUAUUAAGGAUCACAGUUUCUCGUUUACUUGAGAUGAACUGCGCUCACCCGGUCGGUGCCCUGGAUUCUAUCGUCUCUCUCAUUCGGCGGAAAUUUGCUGAAGCCUUCGGUCCUGAUUCUCACUCCGAUACCAAGAAUUACGUGUGCGAAACAUGUCCCACGUGCGGUGAAUCUAUGGACCACCUUCUAGCUGAUCUUUUGAUAGUUCCAUCUGGGGUUAUCAGUGACUGUACAGAAGGGUGACAGGAGUAGUGGUGCUAACGCCGCUUCCUUGAUAUCUGGAUGUAUUUAAUCCUAUUCUGCAUACAGAUGACUCUUUCACACGGCUACAUUUCCGGGAUGAGCUCGAUUUCCUUAGAACCUAUUGUCAUAAUACCUGCUGAUUGUUUCGACUCAUAAUGAGAACCGACGUAGCC